AAAAAGUGAUGAGUUAGAAUGAUGAUCAAUUGAAUUAGUGAUGCUAAAGAGAUCUAAAUUAAAUCUCUUGAAAAUAUAAAAAGGAAGAAGAAGAAGAAACAAAUCCAAGAAAAAGAAAACAAAAAACAUAAUAAAAGAAUCAAGAAAAAUAAAAAUAAAAAAAGAGAGUGCUUGUUUCACUAAAAAAGAGCGUAUUUUCUCUCUCCUCCUUCUACUCUUCCCAAAUCUGCUCCUCCUCUCCUCCAUUGUUACACAGAGGAGAGAGAAAAUAGAGCAUUUUUAGAGAGAGAAAGUGAAGAGGUGGAUGGGAAGAUGUCAGACCUUGACAGGCAAAUUGAGCAGCUAAAAAGGUGCGAACCCUUGAAAGAAUCUGAAGUGAAAGCACUUUGCCUUAAAGCCAUGGAAAUUUUAGUCGAAGAAAGUAAUGUUCAAAGGGUUGAUGCUCCUGUCACUAUAUGUGGUGACAUUCAUGGACAGUUUUAUGAUAUGAAAGAACUGUUCAAGGUGGGUGGUGAUUGUCCAAAGACAAACUACUUAUUUCUUGGAGAUUUUGUGGACAGAGGAUUUUACUCCGUGGAGACUUUUCUACUCCUUCUUGCCCUUAAGGUGAGAUAUCCAGAUCGGAUCACUCUUAUUAGAGGGAACCAUGAAAGUCGUCAAAUUACUCAGGUUUAUGGUUUCUACGAUGAGUGCCUCCGUAAAUAUGGCUCUGUGAACGUUUGGAGAUAUUGCACUGAUAUAUUCGAUUAUUUAAGUCUAUCAGCUCUCAUUGAGAAUAAGAUCUUUGGUGUUCAUGGUGGUCUAUCUCCAUCCAUAACAACGUUAGACCAGAUACGGACAAUUGACAGAAAGCAAGAGGUACCACAUGAUGGUGCCAUGUGCGACCUCCUGUGGUCUGACCCUGAAGAUGCAGUUGAUGGUUGGGGAAUGAGUCCUCGUGGGGCUGGUUACCUUUUUGGUGGCAGUGUGGUUACCUCAUUCAACCACACUAAUAACAUUGAUUAUAUAUGUCGUGCCCAUCAAUUGGUAAUGGAAGGUUUCAAAUGGAUGUUUAACCAUCAGAUUGUUACAGUUUGGUCUGCUCCAAAUUAUUGUUAUAGAUGUGGUAAUGUUGCUGCAAUACUUGAGCUUGAUGAGAAUCUUAAUAAAGAAUUCCGAGUUUUUCAAGCUGCUCCACAGGAAGCUAGAGGAACUCCUGCUAAAAAGCCUGCACCGGAUUACUUUCUCUAAAGAUGUUGCAGGUCAUGGUAUACUCUGGUCAAUCAGCGAUUAUUUAAUUGUGGUUGUGAAGCUGGUACAUACGAAGCGAAUGAAACAAUGAUUCGGCUUUUUGAAGGAGCUGAGCUGUCAAUCUGGGUUACGUGUGAAUUUUGGGCAGUACUCGGAGCCUAUUCUGCAACUGUACUGUCUGUCAGUUAUCGCAUGUACUUGUAGUUAUGUACUGUGGAAUCAAAUAUGGAGCUGCCCAACUCCUGUAAAUCCGCAACAUGGUAAAGAGGAGGGGUAGUUAUGGUGUGUGAAUGAUUUAUAGUUUGAAAUAGGCCUCAUUGAGAUACUUAGGUGGAAAAUUACACAGCAAUUUCCAAUGUCAUUUUUGAUUGUUUUGGGGAAACAUUUGAAGCAAAUUGGCAGUACAACGAAAUGCAUCAUUCAUUUCUGCUGUACCUUUUAUAACCAAUUCAUCUUUUACAAUGGUAACUUGACAUAUAUCUCAACAUUUUAAUGUCCUCA